GACAUAAGUCGAUAGCAUCUACUGAUCGCAGCGGUAAUUUAUUUUGCGCACUUUUUUUUACGCCAACAAGCGAUGCACGAGGAAAUUGUAAUAAAAAAGGAAGAACUUGAUAUUGAUGAUACAAAAAUAAAGUUGGAGUUGGAUGAGGAUGCGCCGCAUUUAGAUAUGACGUGCGGGGGCAGCUUUAUGAAAAUCAUCGAAGAGCGGCCAAAUAUGAUAACGGUGCCGGUACAUGACUGCAAAUCCGAGGAUGAGCUUAAAUUCAUAGCGAGCCUCGGCACGUUCGAUCAGCAGCAAAAGUUAUUUGUGACGUCACCUUGUGAAAAUAUUGCCCCGGCUGACACUUUCGAUGCAUUUUCAUGCAAAAUUUGCAGCUUUACGUGUGAAAAUCAUCUGGCGCUGGCCUCGCAUCAGAUAAACCAUCAGCUAAAUCGACAUUUCUGCUGCUAUGGAUGCGGCGUCUGGUGCAACACGCUUGAAGAGAUUCUGGAGCACGAAUUUCGCAAGCAUGCGGGCGGUGUAAAUGGAUCAAGCUGUAGGAUUUGUGAGUUGAAUUGUAGCGAUGCCGCCGGUCUGGCCAAGCACAUGAGCAGCCACUUUUAUGUGCGCCGUUUUGUCUGCGCGGUAUGUCGCCGGCACUUUGAGACGCGCCAGGGAUUGCAGCUACAUCGGCAGCACAGCAAGGAGCUGUGCGGUCAGGUCGAAUAUGCUGAUAUACAUGGCAAUGUAGGCCAAUUGGUGGCGGUCAGCAAGCUCGACGCCAAAUUGCCUGAGGAUCUGGCGUGUGAUGUGGAAAUUAAAACGGAGCCCCUGGAAGCCGAAGAGCAACAGCCGGAAACGGAGCAUGAGCAGGAAAUGGCGGAUAUUGUUAUCAAAACAGAGCCAGAGUUCGAAGCAGAUGAGUUGAGCUCUGGCCAGGAUGCCAACUGGAUGAACAACAGCCUUGCAGGACAACUGCGCGGCAAAUUGCGUUUGCCUGCUAUACAGAAACCAAUAAAAGUUGAAACUGUAACGAGCGCUGAAACACCAACGGCUGCACCCCCAUCAAUACAGUUUGUGCCCGCAGGCAAAUGGAAGCCUAUACCAAUACCUAACACUAAUGCAUCCGUAAAGCUGCCAAACAUUUUGAAGCCUAACAAAGGCAAUAAUCAGCAGAAAAAUAUUUUGAAAAAGAACGUCUUGCAAUCGUUGAAAAACAAGCCAAAUAUUGCAGCCAACAUCUUAAAGGUUUUGCCCAGCAAUUGCAUGCUAAUCAAAUUGCCACCAAACACCAAGAUUGUUAAAAUAGCGCCAAGCCCGACGAGCGUCAAUACGAAUAGCUGCACCAUUGGCAGCAAGAUUAUUACACUGCCUAGUGCCAUGUCCAUAAGCUCAGUUUCCGCUGGUUCCAAGAACCAUUCGGUCGCCACAGUUCCAAGCCCAACUGCACCCAGUACGCCACAAGCAGAAGGCACACAAAAGGCGGCCAUAAAUCGCAAUGCUUACUUUAAUGCCUUAAGCUUAUUCGAGAGCUUGCCCGAAUCUCGUAAGAUCAUCACAGAAUUCCAAAAUCAAAUACGCAGCAUAGAGCAGACAUUGCCACUGCCCGGCAGCGUAUUGCAAACGCCCAAGAGAAACAACAAUUUAGUGUUGCCAUCGCAGCUGGAGGUGCUUCGGCUGGCUCCCACCAAAUCGAGCAAUGUGAAAGUGCGUCAAUUGCGCUAUACGUAUCCCAAUCAUCGUUUUCACUGGGAGUGUCCAAAAUGUGCGCGCUGCUACGAACAGUAUGUACCAUUCUGUAACCACAUGACCCAAGUGCACGGCAUUGCGGAAGCAGAGUUCGAGCAUAUAAAAGUGGAGGUCAAGACUUACAAGAAAUUGAAUUUAUCCAAAAUGGCUCCAGCCACAAGUCCAAUAGAGACGGCGCCAGCUGCGCCCACUACAGCUUCGGAAGCUCCUGUGAUUCCCGGUGCUGCAGAGCCAACUGCAGCUUCGACUGAGCGAGCUUCAGAAGCGUCUACAGCAACAGCUCAAGAUUCUUUAGUUGAAGCAGCAGAAGUAGCUCCUGUGGAAGCCGUUUCUCUUUCUUCUGCAAAGCCAACUCCUGUAGCACCUGUAGCGCCUGCAGCUCUUUCGUCAACGCCACCCGCCUCAGCUCCUGCUAAGUCAACACGACCAGCUCCAAUUGUUCGUCCUGCUCAGUAUCAGUGCGAGGAUUGUUCCAAAUGCUUUACCACUGUGGGUGCCCUGCGUAUCCACAAAAUGAUCCACACUGGGGAGCUGCCGCAUAAAUGCAACUACUGUGACAAGCGUUUUCGUACACCCGGCCAGGUGCGCGUCCAUCAGCGUCGGCACACAGGUGAAAAACCAUUCAAAUGCAAGGUUUGCUCGCUUGAUUUUACACAUCGCGAGACGCUCAUCUCCCAUCUGUCGCGUCACAUUGGCAUGAAACGUUACAAGUGCUAUGGUUGUGACAAGAAUUUCGUGGUGGUCAGUGGAUUGCGCGCACAUCGUCGUCUACGACCAGAUACGUGCGGCAAGGUCAAGUUUACGGCACGUGCACACGGUCCCCGAGUUCGUGUGAUACGAGGCGAAGUCGUUUUCGAAUCGCAUCCCGAGCAUAAUGGUUACUUACGUAGUGAGGAUCCUUUGAACAUUAUGUCUGAGAUUAAUCAGGCCUCCAAAGAAUCAUCUGUUGCUUCCGAGUCUAGCUAACAAGCUACGCAUUCUUUACAUACAUUGGUUUAUCUUUAUUUUACCUAUUUGUUAUGAACGUUGUAACUUUUGGAUGGGUAAGUCCAACCAUAUUUUUGAUGUACCCUAGAUGAGGGUAUUAAAAUUUUAUCACAUUAUAAAAUGUGAAGCAAACUUUUCCAAAACAAUGUAUUCAUAUUCUACGCCAUGCAACUGGACAUAGCCAUGUUCGUCCGCUUGUCUAUCUUUCCAUCUGUCUGCUUCUAAGUAAAUGCUUCAUCUUUAUUACAAUAUUGAUGAAACUUGCUGCAAAUAGGACAUAUUUCUGAGUAGGUUGGAUUAACCAUCUAAACCUCCUACAUAUCAUAGUUAGCAUUAUAAAUUCCUGUAUGAACAAACUUAUCAAAAUGGCAUAUGGAUGCCUUAUGAAUGUUGGAGGAUUCAAAUCUUGUAUGAUGAUGGACAUCCCAUAGAAAUAAUUGAUUGAAAAUUGGUUUUUCUAUCCAGCACUUUGUUUUUUAACAAGAUAUACGGAGCAGAACAACAAUUACGGCUUUUUGCCGUUGGUCGAAAGUCUAUGUAUUAAAAACAUAUUUUUUUUUUAUAUUAGUUUGUUAAAGUGUAACAAAUUAUGCGCCAUAAAAAUAAUCGAUUGAACACAACA